GAAUGUUUUAGUAAAAGGAAUUCGAUUAUUCAUAAACUCCAGAAGUGUAAUAAUUAUACUAAGAAUUCGUGGAUGCUUUUGAGGAGAAACUAAUUGUUGAGGAUUUCAUCCCAGUUGUGGAAGCAGCUUGUGGAGAACAAUGCUCCCUAUUAUUAAAGAAAUUACAAAGAAGAAAAAAUCAAAAACUGGAUUAGGAUGAAUUUUCACAAUAAUUCAACUUUGAAUUGUCUGAACCAGAAAACUUUGACUGCAUUUAUGAAGUCCUAGAAUAGGGCAAAGGCAAAAUCACUUUUGAAGGCUUAAAAGCAGCGAACUAGAAAUACAAGUUUGGCUUGACUGAUUAAGACAUGAAGAUUAUGAUUUAAUACACUAAUGUUAAGGAUCAGCCUAUUACUAAAUCAGUAUUUAGACAAAUGAUAUCCUGA